AUGGAAGGCGAAUCGCAGGGACCAGCGCUCACCGAAACCAUGGGACAGCUCCGGCAGGAGCUGCGGAAAGCCAAGGAUGACCACAACAUGGCCAUAGGUGCCAUCUCUUCUUUGCAAAGACAGAUGGAGGUCCAAGAAUCUGAGCUGCGGAGAAUCAGAUCUGAAAAGGAUUUGCUCCAGAAGCAGCUCAGAGAGCGAGAAGUCCAACUGCAAGCUGUGUUUGACAAGUUUUGCAGCCUGACAGAAGAACAAAGGCAGGAAGAAAUUACAGUGAUGAUGAAGGAGGAGAACCUCAACCUUCAACAGGUUGUUACAGCACAGGAAUCCCAGCUGGCUGAGCAGAACAAGCUCAUCAGUGAGUUACAGGAGACAAUCAGCCAGCUGCGGGCCGAGGUUGUGACCACCCGCCUCCAACUCCUGAAGCACAAACAGGCCCAGAAGGAGAUGCAGAGCCAGGCUGAGGCACUGCAGCACAAGGAGCUGCAAACCAGAGUGGCACUGGAACACAUCAGCAGCAAGUUUGAAAGGUAUCGAAACAAAAUAAUCCAGGGUGUGUUCAGUGUGGAGGGCAGCCGGGAACCUGUGGCUGAGCUCACGGACAACGAGGUGCUGGAGGCAAUGCAGAAAAUCAUUAACGAGCGGAUGGAGUUCCAGAGGAAGCUGAAGAACAAGGGUAGCAAGGUGUCAGUGCACAGCAGUGACAGCUGCGUGGCAUCACCUGCCACAGCAAGGAAAAGGAAUUCCUCCAAGAUAGAAAAGCUCUAA